AUGAGCGUGAGUGACCACGCAAGCGCGUUCACGCCCGGCGGCCACCUCGUGCGGCGGCACACGUGGGUGGUGGCGGUGACAGACAGCGACGACGCCCUGGUGGCGCUUGACUACGCGGCAGGGAUGGUGAACCCUGCGCGCGACGCGCUUGUCCUCGUCUCGGUGGUCAAGAACAGGCCGACGUCCAAGGAUGCGGCUCGGCGGCACUACAACUUUUUGCACGCGCACGCCCUCGCCCUCACACACGUCAUCGGCAUAUCGGCCAAGGUCUACGUCAAGCGCGGCAAGCCCGGCCCGGCCCUGGUCGACGUCGCCAAGCGGGUCGCCGCAGACGGCAUCAUCCUCGGCGCCCGCGGUGUCACUCGCCUCCGUCGCCUCGUUCUCGGCUCGGUCUCACACUACGUUGUCAGCAACGCGCCCUGCUCCGUCAUCGUAGUCAAGAACGAGGGCAAUGCCGACAUUGCUCCCGUCGUGUCGGCCAUUGCACCCGGCCUCGCUGCCGACGGCCCCGCUGCUGCCGCCGCUCGCCACCACCUCUUCUCCUCGUCAGCUUCAUCAUCGCCGGCAGGCGGCGAGAGCGAGGCCGAGACCGAAGACUCGCUCGGCUCGCUCCAGCACGCCCAGUCGUACCGCAUCGCGGCCUCGUCGGGCUCCAACGCGUACUUGUGCGCGGUCGACAAGUCGCGGUACUCGCACGCCGCGUUCAACACGCUUGUCACCACCGUGGCCCGCGAGGGCGACUCGAUCCACUGCUUCUACGUAUACCAGCCGGAGACGAGGGUAGCGCGGGCGACAAAGAUGUUCAAGGCGCGGCGCUCGCUACCGGCCGACAAAGCCGCCGCCCGCGCUGCUGAGCUUGUCGAGCGCAACCAUGCGCUGGUGAUCCAGCGGAUGCAGACCUAUGCCGGCAUUGCCAAGGCGUACCACCUCAAGUUCUCGCACGAGCUGGUCCAGGACGAGCGCGACGUCCGCGACGUCAUCUCUGACUUUGUGGCAGCGCAUCCGAGCCACCCGCUGUUGGUCCUCGGCCACCGCGGGAGCGUCAAGGACUCGGUCGGCCUGCACUGUCUUACCCGGGCCCGCGUCAACGCUGUCCUUAUUGUGCGCGAGAAAGACGUCGCCGAGGAGCUGCUCACGCCCGAGCAGCUCGCCUGGGUCCAGGCGCAGCGCGCCCUGAGGAUCAAGCGGCUCAACGCCGCGCUCGAGGCCGAGAACGCUGCCGCUCGCGGCGACGACAAGCGCCACCGCCGCAAGCGCCGCCGCCGCAAGCUCCGCGGCAAGAAGGCCUCGCGCACCAUCCGAUUUCUCGAAGCCGAAGUCAUCGAGUCGCGCCGCAUCACCGCCUCUCCCAAUGUGGCCGAGGAGGCCCUCGUCUCGCACGACGGCUCAGCCUCGAGCUCGUCACCGCCACGGACCUCUCACUCGCGCUCGCGCUCGCCGCCGCCCCCGCGCCGCCACGGCUCAGGCUCGGGCUCGGGCUCGGGCUCGGGUUCGGGCUCGGGUUCGGUCUCAAACUCGGUCUCGAGCUCAGUCUCGAGCUCGUCGUUCCCCUCGUGGACGACCGAGGAGUGCGUCGAGCUGUUCCACUCGUCCGACCUGGUCUCGUCGUCGAAUCCUGUGACGCCACGCGAGAUCGACGCCGCUACCGCGCCGUCGUCGGACGCCAUGCCGCUCGCCACCACCGGCGCCCUUGAUCGCUCCGGCUCGAUCACCGGCUCAGGCUCGGGCUCGGGCUCGGGCUCGGGCACGAGCUGGACGGGCUCGUUCUCGGGCUCGGACGCCGAGCCUGUGGGAGACCCCGGGUUUGAUGACUACCUCUCCGGCAUGGGCCUCAUCAGCGGCAGCAAGCCACAGCGCGAGACCGUGGAGAUCUGCACCCCGAGUGGAGGCAUUGCAGGCGCAACGAGCGUUGACGAGGCCAUGGCAUUUCCCUCGGUUGUUGUCCGGCAUCACAAGUAG